UCCGUGUUGUGAAUAGCUGGGAGCGUUUUAAAGUAAAACGCAUUACGUUAAAUGUGAAAUGUGUGUUUGUUAGAGAUAAAUUGAAAAAAAAAUGGAUGAGAAGGUGGUAACAGCGAAACCUGAGGAGAUUGACUGGGGAGGAAGUGGAGCUGCAGAGGGAAAGAUUACUAGAACCAAAACAUUGUCAAAGAAUGUCCACACCGGUCUUUCUAAUCCCCUCACAGAUCCUGUGAAAUGUUCUCUGAUAAAAGGAGACUAUCUCUACUUCCACUAUGGCUGUGAUGGACAGGAUGACAGAGGUUGGGGAUGUGGCUACCGCACCAUUCAGACAAUGGCUUCCUGGCUUUGCCAUAACUGCUUUCCACUGAAGGACAAACACAGACCUCCACCAAGCCUCCCAGACAUCCAGCAAGCCUUGGUCACCAUGGGGGACAAACCAGGCUCGUUCUCGUGCUCCAGGGAGUGGAUAGGAACAUUUGAAGCCUCUCUGAUCCUUGACUAUUUCUAUGAUGUUCCCUGUAAGUUGGUACAUGUUAGAGGUGGAGGGGCAGAGCUGGAGCAUGUUGCAGUGAAAGAGCUCCAUCAGCACUUUGAGAUGCAUGGAUCUCCUGUCAUGAUGGGAGGAGACAGGGACAACUCCUCUAAGGGGAUAUUAGGAGUGUGCACGGGGGAGAAGGGGAGCUACUUGCUAGUCGUUGACCCUCACUACUAUGGAUGCCAGCUGGAGAAGACAGAGCUGCAGAGGCGGGGGUGGGUGGCGUGGAAAAGAGUGUCAUCUCUGGAUCACUCUUCAUUUUAUAAUCUGUGUAUGCCUCAGACUGCCAAAAAAGGGAACAUAAACUAAGUGACAGAAGUGUUUUAUUGGGUCAGACAUGUGAUGCAUUGUCAGUGUGUAUGGUUUUAAAGGCGGUGUAGUGCCAUCCUCUGGACGAAAUCAA